AACAAUAUUCAAUACAAUUAAUGAAAUGUCACGCGCUUUAGCUUGUUCUGUGCUUUAGGUAAACUGUCAAAAACCGACAGAUUUAGGUAGCUAUUACUAAAUAAAACCAAUUUGUGGAAACGAUAGAGCAACAUUCCUUAACACGUCAUCACUCGUGUAUAGUACUUUUGCCUAUCAGGCUCAGCCAUCGGUAUCGAUAUAGUAUAAACAGUUGCUGGCCGUCAAUUAUUAAUCGAUCGACAGGAAAACCGUGGGCUCAAUCAAGAUUAUUACACCGUUCAUAUCAAGUUAGACCGGUUUACGCGAUGUUGUGGCCCUUCUUGUUGUCACUAGUGGUGCUGCUUCGAGUCAACGUCGCCAUCAGUAGCAAAUUAGUUGCCUCGUCGCCGAUGACCGAAAAUAGUGUUACGGUCGCUUCCCAAACUGAUUCAUCUGGUGUCCGGCAUGGCGCCGCUGGCUGCUUGAAAGGUCAGCGCUGUGUUCCGAAAGAUCGAUGCACGAACGCAAGCACGGCCGGCAGUGGGCUGUUGGACGUUCGAUUUGAGAACGAAAACCCGUGUGGGGAAUUUUCGCUGCAGUGUUGUGAAGAGCAAGAUAUUAUCGAUUAUCCCGUAACUCGUACUCCUCGUGUUCUUAAGAAACCUGCCUGCGGCAAACGUAACAGUGACGGUAUUCAUUUCCGCAUUGUAGGACACCAGAACAACGAGGCUGAGUAUGGCGAGUUUCCCUGGAUGAUUGCAGUAAUGACAGAGGAAAAGGCGUUAAACCAGCUGGUAAAUGUGUACAUUAGCGGAGGUUCGUUGAUCCAUCCAAAGGUUGUGCUGACUUGCGCUCACUGUAUUCAAACCAGAUCUUCCGAUCAGCUGAAGGUUCGUGCAGGUGAAUGGGACACACAAACAAAGAACGAAAUUCUCCCACAUCAGGACCGGUCUGUGUCUGAGAUCAUCACACACCCCGACUAUUUCACGGCAGGUUUGUACAAUGACAUAGCGCUGCUGUUUUUGGAACAACCCUUCAAUUUGAACCGAGGCAUUCAAACGAUCUGUUUGCCUCCAGCUGGGCUAAGGUUCGACCAUCAACGAUGCUUUGCUUCCGGGUGGGGCAAGGAUGCUUACGGCAAUUCGGGAUCGUAUCAGAUAAUCUUGAAGAAAAUUGAAAUGCCUGUGGUGCCUUCUAGCCAGUGUCAGACCCAGCUGAGAACGACCCGAUUGGGGAUCCGGUUUAGACUGCACGAAAGUUUCAUCUGUGCCGGUGGCGAGGAAGGCAAAGAUGCCUGUGAGGGAGAUGGAGGAUCACCGUUGGUGUGUCCUGUUAAAGGUGCCUAUGACCAUUACUAUCAGACUGGAAUUGUAGCCUGGGGCAUCGGUUGCGGUGUGAGUCAGACUCCGGGGGUAUAUGUGAAUGUUGCUCACUUUCGAAGCUGGAUCGAUCAGGAGAUGAAUGAGCGACGGCUGGGCAUCGAUAGCUACAUGGCGGAUGUUGCUUGAAUUGGAAGUAAGGGUGAUUUGCAAGUAAUUUAUAUAAGUUAUAUAUAAAUAUAGCUUUACUAGUUGACAAUACUGUUACGGUUAUCUGAAGUAUUG